CGUGCGUGCGGCGCCGGGCGCGCCGCGUGACGUCACGCUGCCAGCUGACUGCUCGCCCCCGGAAGUGAUGCGGAGGAGCGCAGCCUCGCCGGGAUCGCGACGGGACUGCCGGCUGGGAUCGCUAAUGAGCAUUGGAGUCUGCUCAGAACAGCUGCGGUCUGAGGCUCCUGGCAUCACCAGGGAGGUGCUUUGCAUCAUGGCAUCUAGCUGUGCCUCUUCAGCAUGACCCAAAGACUGAGUUAAAACCCUGCUGCGGAGAGUUCUCCAUGUAAAUACCAGCGGGCCUGCAGGCAGCUGUGAGAGCCAGUGGAAUGACUCCCUGUGUAGCCGUAAUGAGACUCCCACGUGCUGCCUGCCCACGGAGCUGCGGCCAUGCUGUUUGCCCCAUGCAGGUUGGCGGACUGCCGCUAGUGGCAUGGUGCGAUGCGCUGAGGAGCGGCCGUGGGGCUGUGGGACAGCGAGGAAGCUGCUCUGAAUGAAGCCAGGCUCCCUGCACCAUGGGCCAGUGUGUCACGAAGUGCAAGAAUCCUUCGUCUACCCUCGGCAGCAAGAACGGGGAAAGGGAGGCGGGCAGCAAGUCGCAUAGCAAGAGAAGUACUGUCCACAAAGAUGAGCGCGCUUCGGCUUGUGGGAAGUCCUCGGGAGAUAUACUGGUGAAUGGGACAAAGAAAGCGGACACUGCUGUGGAGUCCGGUCCGCCUUCAGCGUUUUCUGGGGACACAAAGAAAGACUCUGUCUCCAGCGCGGAAGAAUCAUCUCUCCAAAGGAUUGGAGAGUUAUUUAGGAGAUACAAGGAUGAACGGGAAGACGCCAUACUGGAGGAAGGAAUGGAACGAUUUUGCAAUGACCUCUGUGUUGAUCCCACUGAAUUUAAAGUGCUAGUUCUGGCUUGGAAAUUCCAGGCUGCUACUAUGUGCAAAUUUACAAGGAAGGAGUUUUUUGAAGGCUGUAAAGCAAUAAAUGCAGACAGCAUCGAUGGCAUUUGCGCACGGUUUCCCAGCCUCUUACACGAAGCCAAGCAGGAAGAUAAAUUCAAGGAUCUCUACCGCUUCACCUUUCAGUUUGGCCUGGACUCUGAGGAAGGACAGAGGUCGCUGCAUCGGGAAAUAGCCAUUGCCCUUUGGAAAUUAGUCUUCACCCAAAACAAACCCCCCAUUUUGGACCAGUGGUUGCACUUCCUAGUUGAGAACCCCUCAGGAAUCAAGGGAAUCUCCCGGGACACAUGGAACAUGUUUCUAAAUUUUACUCAGGUGAUCGGACCAGACCUUAGCAACUACAGCGAAGAUGAGGCCUGGCCAAGUCUCUUUGAUACCUUUGUGGAGUGGGAAAUGGAGCGGAGGAAAAAGGAAGAGGAAACCAAAUGUAUUACGUCUUCGGACACAGAGGGUCUGUGUGCAGAAGAACAGACUUAACAGCAUUUAAGCGGCAGUGACAAAAGCAACCUGUUGCCCUUCAUGAGAUGUAAACUCUGGAUGUUUCUGGUGGUUACCAAGGCUCCAGAUUUUUUUUCUACUUUACACCUUUUUCUGCCUUGUAUUCGAAAGGGCUCUAAAAUGCUGUAUCAUGUUUUAGGCACUUUCUUAACUUUGGUUAUUCCUUUUACUCUUACCCUGAAAUAUUUGACCCCGGCUACAAGUUAAUCGUUUUUGUUAAGACUUCAGAUUAGUAUAAGUAAGUCUGAUAUUUCUUGCACAAUGUAGAUCUUUUUAGUUAGGUUAAAUUAACAUUGCUAAAUUAUACAGUGCCAGAUUAAGUUUUUCAUACUACGUCUGUCAGGGCAGGUCUGUACUGUGUGUAGUGCUGUUUACAUUGUUGAGAAUUUAGGCUGUAAUAAUUUUAAGGUUUUAUACCAAGAAUAUAGCAGUGUUAACUUGAAAUGCAUUAAUCCCCUCCUAAUACGGCUCUUAAAAAAAAAAAAAAAAGCCACCACCACCAACAAAUCCAAUGACAUAAGCAACAGCUUUUUGUAAUACGGCUAAUUGCCACUUGAAGCUAACUCCUGGUGACCGAAUCCAAAUCAUUCCUUUUUAUUUUCAGUUUCAAACUAAAUGUUGGGACUGUUUUAUAAAGUUACUGUACCUGUCAGUCAACUGAGUGGUAGAUGAGGAUUUGUAUCGAAAUCUCUGACACAACACGUAAUAAAAGAGCAGUGCUACCUCAGUUUUAUUGAAAGUGGACUUCUUGGUGGACUUCCAUUUUCUCUGGAAGUUUUAUUUUUGUGGUUACAGGAGAAUAUUUUUACUUGACUAAAAGAACCAAAGGUUCUGCUUCUUAAGUUUCUUAAACGUUGACAGAAGCAACACACAAAGCCUAAGUCUUCAAGGAAAACUGCGGUAUAAUUCUGCUUUAAUUUGUUUGAUUUAUACCUGAAGCAUUAUCUUACUUGUCUGGCAAGCACAGUACUUCUAUGUGAGGAACCAAUUUUUUAAACCUAUGCUUAAUUGCUAAAUUGCAGUUAAUACUCUACACUUUCUGGAGCAACAAUAUCGGCAUCUGAUGACAAAGUGAAUUCGUAAUGUGUUCUUAACGACAACAGUGUAGACGAGUCAUUUUUAGACUGAUUUGAUAAUAUUUGGAUAGGAGUAAAUUUAUUAUUUUACAAUGCCUGUAUUGGGACUAUUUGCCUGUUGAAACUGUUGUGAUUUAAAGGGAAUUUUAUUAACACUGGUUGAAGCUU